GGAGCGUCCGAACCGGACGGGAAAGCCCAGGGAGGUGGCUGUGGCGGGAGGGUCGGAGCCAUGGCGGCCAGGACGGCGGGUGGGGGGCGCUGGGAGGUAGUGAAGAAGGGGCGGCGGCCUGGGGCCGGCGGCAGUGGUAAAGGCGGCGGAGGGGACCGCCGGGCGCUCGGGGAGGCGAAUGGAGUGUGGAAGUACGACUUGACCCCUCCAAUCCAGACGACAAGCACUCUGUACGAGCGGGGCUUUGAGAAAAUCAUGAAGCGGCAGAAUAAGGAGCAGGUUCCACCCCCUGCUGUGGAGCCUAAAAAGCCGGGGAACAAGAAACAGACUAAGAAGGUAGCGACCCUCGCCAACCAGAACCAGAAGCAAGGCCGCUUUCGCAGCCUGGAGGAGGCACUGAAAGCUCUGGACAUGGCAGCUCUGCAGAGGGAACUGGACAAGAGCCAGAGCGUGUUCUCUGGGAACCCAUCCGUGUGGUUGAAGGACCUGGCCAGCUAUCUCAACUACAAGCUCCAAGUACCUCCAAGUGAACCCACACUAAGCCAGCAUACUCACGAUUAUCCCUACAGCUUGGUGAGCCGGGAGCUGCGUGGGAUCAUCCGAGGGCUACUGGCGAAGGCAGCAGGGUGCCUGGAGCUCUUUUUUGACCACUGUCUGUUCACCAUGCUACAAGAACUGGAUAAGACACCAGGGGAGUCACUACAUGGUUACCGCAUCUGUAUCCAGGCCAUUCUGCAAGACAAACCCAAGAUUGCCACCACGAACCUGGGCAAGUUCCUGGAACUGCUGAGGUCCCACCAGAGCCGACCAGCGAAGUGUCUGACCAUCAUGUGGGCCCUGGGUCAAGCAGGUUUUGCGAACCUCACCGAGGGACUGAAAGUGUGGCUGGGGAUCAUGCUGCCUGUGCUGGGCAUCAAGUCUCUGUCUCCUUUCGCCAUUGCCUACCUAGAUCGGCUGCUCCUGAUGCACCCCAACCUCACCAAGGGCUUUGGCAUGAUUGGCCCCAAGGACUUCUUCCCACUUCUGGACUUUGCCUAUAUGCCCAACAACUCCCUGACUCCCAGCCUGCAGGAGCAGCUGUGUCAGCUCUACCCACGGCUCAAGGUGCUGGCAUUCGGAGCAAAGCCGGAAUCCACCCUGCAUACCUACUUCCCCUCCUUCCUGUCCAGAGCCACUCCCAGCUGCCCUCCAGAGAUGAAAAAAGAGCUCCUGAGCAGCCUGACUGAGUGCCUGAUGGUGGACCCCCUCAGCACCAGCGUCUGGAGGCAGCUGUACCCCAAACAUCUGUCACAGUCCAGUCUGCUGCUGGAGCACUUGCUCAGGUCCUGGGAGCAGAUUCCCAAGAAGACGCAGAAGUCUUUGCAAGAAACCAUUCAGUCCUUCAAGCUUACCAACCAGGAGCUGCUAAGGAAGGGCAGCUGCAGCAACCAGGAGGUCACCACCUGUGACAUGGCCUGCAAGAGGCUGUUGCAGCAGGCACGGGGCUUCCGACUGCCCUGGACACGGCUACUCCUGUUGGUGCUGGUCUUUGCCAUAGGUUUCCUGUGCCACGACUUCCGGUCACACAGCUCUUUCCAAGCCUCCCUUUCUGGCUGGUUGCUUCACUCAUCUGGUUUUUUGCCUGCUGGCCAACAAGCGUGUAUGAGGAUCUACUCCUACAGCCUGCAAGGCUACAGCUGGCUAGAGGAGACAUUGCCGGCCUGGGGCUCCCAUCUGCUGACCAUGGUGAGGCCCAGCUUACGGCUGGCCUGGACCCACACCAAUGCCACAGUCAGCUUCCUUUCUGCCCACUGUGCCUCCCACCUUGCCUGGUUUGGUGACAGCCUCACCAGCCUCUCCCAGAGGCUACAGAUCCAGUUCCCCGAUGCCCUGAACCAGCUGCUCCAUUCUCUGAGGGAGCUGCUCCUGUUUCUUUACCAGAAUGUCCUACUGCCCAUGUGGCACAUGCUGCUUGAGGCCUUGUCCCGGGUGCAAGAGCACUGCCACAAGGCAUGCAGAGGUGAGGUGACCUGGGACUGCCUGAAGACACAGCUCAGUGAGGCUGUCCACUGGACCUGGCUUUGCUUACAGGACAUUACAGUGGCUUUCUUGGACUGGGCACUUACCAUGAUCUCCCAGCAGUAGGCCCUGCUCCCCGUCUGGAACAGACCAUCUGAGACUGCUGCAGGGUAGCAGGUGGCAGUUCUGCAUGGUAGUCUUUGUUACUUGGUGCCUAUAAGUUCUCUCUCCUAGGCAAGUGGCUGGCUGCCUCUGCCUCAGUUCUUCCAUCUCUGGCGGCAACUGAGCCCAAAAGUAGCUCAGCCUCCUACCCACGAUUCCACUGACCACUUCUCUGCCUGAUUGCACAUAGCUCCCAGCCUCUGACCUUGGGCUGGUGGCCUCUCUCGUCUCCUCUCUUGUCUCCUGCUCUCCACUUCCCUCUCUCUUAUUCCUGAAGCCUCAAACAGCUUGUUUCCAAAAAUGUGAGACUCCAACAAGUGGCUUCUGCUUUCUUCUGACAAAUGAGUCCUACUCCCAGACCUUAGCCACAGCAGGAAAAAGAAAAGGACCUCCAGAAGAAUACAGCACCACAGUGGGCAGUAGGAGCUUCACCUCUGCCCACAGCCUGGGUGUGGCUGUCAGUGGACAUGGAGGCCUGGGUGGAAAAUGCUCAUCUUAGGUCCUUCAAGGCCCCUCAAUGCCUCUUCCAUCGUAUCUCUUCCACUUCCUCACUCUCCAUUCCCCUUCAGUGCCGGGAGUCUCUGCCUCAGUAUUCAGCCUCUCUCCUCUGCCCACCACCACUGUCUUUAUGGAGAGCAGAGCCCAGGUAGUCAUGUGCCUUGGGCCCAGGAAACCUUGCAACAGCCUGUUGAGACAGGAUGCAGCAUGUGGCUCAUGGGUAUGUCUACUUGGUGGAAUAAAGGACACAUUUGAUUUCUAGCUUUCCUCUGUGCAUCUUCAUACAGGAAUUCUCAUAGUUGUGGGCGGAACAACAAAAUUUGGGCACCUGCAUGUUCUUUGCCCCCUGCACUUCUGGAGGUCAUAGCCACUGGCUGUAGUUGAGCCUCUGGCAAGGAAAGCCCCCAUCCAUCAUUCUAAAGUUUGGCCUAUUGAGGGCUCUAGACACACUCCUCUUGCUCACGUGUUGUCUCACUUGUCCUAGUGAUUCCUGUCCCAAGGUUUGCUUUGGUAGCCUGAGUAUUUUAUGCUUUGAAAAGCAGGGGAGAGUUUCCUAGGGGAAUUCUUGGCUAGUGAUCAGGGAGUGUCUUCUUUGCCAGGACCUUAAUUUAUUAAUUGGUUUAUUUUAUAGGCAGUGAGUGAAAGAUUUAGAAUUCCAAGAGACAUACGAGUCAAGGGUUUAUCACCAGUCCCUUUUAAUUUUUAACUUGGGACUGUAAUAAGUCAGCUAAGUGCAUAGGUUUUCAGUUCUCAACUCAAGUUUCCUUGACUAUUUCAAAAUACAAGCAGUGCCCACUCCAACUCCAGGGGCUGAUUUCUGCUUCCACCAUAAACCCCUAAGAGAUGUCCAGCAGGGAUGAGGGCCAGCCACCACUUUCCUUCUCAGAAACUGCCCUGAGAUGCUACUUCAGUAAGAUUAUAAAGUAGCAAGUAUAGAAAAAUCUUGGUACAAAGCAAAGUCAUGAGGACUAUAGCAUCUCACAUUUUUGUUCCCUUUCCUUGUUAGGACAUAACCACAUUGCCAAGUUGGGCAGAACCCUGCUCUUCUCGUGGCAGUCAGCCAUGACUAUUUUUCCCAGGAAAAAACCCUGCCUGGCAAAGGACCAAGGUUCAGGACUGCUAGGCAGGACUGCCCAAGGGUCCCGAAACAUGUUCCAUUGCCUCAGUACUUCCUUACCAAUCAGAAACAGAUGCACUCAAUUCCUAAGAAUAGUGAAUCCUUGUAACUGGCCUGCAUUCAAGGCAAGCUGAAGAAAGGGGGCUGAUGUGGGCCUAGAUUGGCACCAGCACAGACAAAUAAAAUGAUGACACUCUGUCCUACAGUGACAUUGAGUCCAACCAAGGCUGCUGGACUGAAUUCUUUUAAUCCAGCAACUCAAGAGAAUCUCACAAGUGCUUCACUGGUUUCUAAUGUGUGUACUGUUUUUCCCUUUGGGGUUCAUUUAAUUUCUGACAUAUAAUCUUAGUGUGCAACAUUUUUCCUUUAACUCAGAUUAACUCGAGUCUCCACAGCCUCUCACAGGGACACUGACCCCUUUAAUUAGCUUUAUUCGAUAGAGUGGUUUGAUCUGAUACUGGAAUUGUCCUAAUUUUUAUUCUGUCAGUAGUCCCAACACUGUACUGGCUGGCUGUUAUAGUCAAACCAGACAUCCAGAUGUUUCAUUGUUGCAUAACUGUCAACAAACAGAGAUCCAAGCUGAGCCAGUGAGUUGAACCAGUGUGGACCGGUGGAGUACACUGACAGUUGGAGUUACUGUAAGAACAGAAAUAAACUGACACCUCAAGGAUCGUGUCUAGACAUUUUAACUUUCCUUUUCACACACAGCUGGAGUUCUACAGAUAACAUAUCAUAUGUAACUGAAGGGCAGUUUGAAUAUGGUUAUCUCUCACAACUUAGUUAUUACCAGUUCUUACAUGGACUCACAAAUUAUACCACGACUCAUUAGGAACACUUCUUUACAUUUCUCUAAGUCUUAAAGCAUGGUUUUGGUUUCUUCUGGCUACUUGUACCCAGCACACAGCUUCAGCUUUACAGCAGGGCAGCUUUCUGGGGAGCCCGACUUAGUAUGGAUAGAUAAUGUUGCUGGACUCACCUGCGGCAUUGCCCGUCCAUUCUCAAUGCCACCGCUCUUAGAAUGGAGUGUUUCACAGAGAUGGGCAUGCCUGCCCUGCCCUAUUCCAGAAUGACUCAGUUGUUCAAUUACACAGAAAUUUCCAUGGUUGGAUGACCUCUGAGUAUUUUAAUAUACCUUAUCUCUCCUAAAGGAGUUUGGAUUUAAGUGAACACUUAAAAGUGAUUUCAUCCUUUUUCUACAUAAUCUUCAUGGUUCUGCUCCCAAAAGGACCUGAAGGGACAAAGGACCUUGCAUUUCCCUACGCGGCAUUCCGUUUUUACUUUCAUUGUCCAGACUUGAGGUGUAAGAAGGAAUUUGGGGGCAGGCAGGGGGAGCUUUUACCUUUCAGGGUAUGAGUGAGUAUUAAUUGAAUAGUGAAUAUUCUCCCUAUUAAUAAAAACAUUGAAUUCAGA